AUGGUGAUCUUAACUCAAGGACAUAAACCAGCGCCUGAGAUGACUGGCAGCGACUUACACCCGUCUCCCUUUAAGCUUGUAAGACCAAAUGCUCUUCUGCUAAAUCUGUUACAAUCUGGUGGUGCCAAGAAGGAAACCUUUACAAUGAAAGAGGUAAUUCACCAUCUUGGUCAGUACAUUAUGGCCAAGCAGUUGUAUGACAAGAAGCAGCAGCACAUUGUCCACUGCUCUAAUGAUCCUCUCGGAGAACUAUUUGGGGUAAGACCAAAUGCUCUUCUGCUAAAUCUGUUACAAUCUGGUGGUGCCAAGAAGGAAACCUUUACAAUGAAAGAGGUAAUUCACCAUCUUGGUCAGUACAUUAUGGCCAAGCAGUUGUAUGACAAGAAGCAGCAGCACAUUGUCCACUGCUCUAAUGAUCCUCUCGGAGAACUAUUUGGGGUACAGAGCUUCUCUGUUAAAGAACCCAGGAGACUGUAUGCAAUGAUUUUCAGAAAUCUGCUAACUACUGAUCCAGAAGAAAGUUCUUCAAAUGGUCAACCAUCAGAACCUCAGAGAGAGGGCCAGAAGUCAGACGGUAUCUCUUUAACCCUAGAUGAGAGCCUUUCAUGGUCGGUGAUAAGUGACUCUACAGACACCUCUUCUAAUGCAGACCAUGAGGCAGGUUCUGUCUCUGAUCAGUUCAGUGUUGAGUUUGAGGUGGAGUCUGUAUAUUCCGAAGAUUAUAGUCCUAGUGGAGGAGAAGAAAGUCUGUCAGAUGACCUGGAUGAUGAGGUUUACCAGGUGACUAUGUACCAAGAUGAAGAAUUGGGAGACUCUUUGGACGAGGAGAUGGACAUUUCUGAAGCUGAUUACUGGAAGUGUUCACAGUGUGAUGAGAUGAAUCCUCCUAUUCCAAGAUACUGUAAAAGAUGUAGGUCUCUUCGUAAAGACUGUCUCCCAGACCAAAGUGAAAAGAAGAAUUUCCCCUUGAAAAGAAAAGGGAUUGAAGAUUCCCUGGAAGAUGUGGGCAUUGAUGUCCUAGAUGGCAAAAAGCCAAAACUGACAGAUAUGCAAGAUUCAGUUCUCGCAAGAAAAGAGGAUGAGGGAAUCCAGAGCUUUUCUCAGCCCUCCACAUCUUGUAGUCAGGAGGAGUACAGAGAUGGUGACCAAGCUCACCAGGAAAGUUUAGAAGGGAGCCUUCCACUUUCUAGUGUUGGACCUUGCGUAAUCUGCCAGACUAGGCUGAAGAAUGGCUGCAUUGUCCAUGGCAGAACAGGGCAUCUCAUGGCAUGUUAUACAUGCGCGAAAAAGCUUCAGAAGAGGGACAAGCCUUGCCCUGUAUGCAGACAACCAAUUCAAAUGAUCGUAUUAACCUAUGUCAGCUAG